GGAGCGAGACAUAGCUGUGCAUGGCUUCACUCUUCAGGCUUGGCUUGGUUCCAGCUUGGUUCAGUGCGCUUGUGAAUUUGCUGUAGUAAGGAAGGUUUAUGCGCCGCAAUUGCACGUCGUGAGUUUGACUGUACUUUAUUGUUUGGUGGCACUAGCAGUGGUUGUCGUCGAUGCUGAGUGCUGCUGAAGCUGUCGAAUUAUUCGUCCUUGCAAACUAUCAAUAGUUAUCAAAUCACGAUUUCUGUACAUUACUGCACAGUAUUUAUCAAGUGUGCGUCAGUUCGCCGCUUUGCUUUGCUCCUGGCUUAUCGUACCUUAGCUGUCUUUCUUUCUCACUCUACCUUUCCGUGUUCUCGUAGCCAAACUUUUGUCAUCACUUAUAUAUCAAUACAUACAAGCGCUCGUCUGGCUCCAAUCAACAUCCCUACUUUCUUUACUAAUGAACUGUUGAAGGGAAAACAAGUCUACCGCGAGUGCCUAAAAAGCAACUGCGUACAUCAUUAUCAAUUGACUAGCUAUUGAAUGACAUCAUGCCUCUAUUUGGAAAGUCUCAAAAGAGUCCAGCAGAGGUGGUAAAGGCUCUAAAGGAGGCAGUAAAUGCACUGGAACGUGGCGAUAAAAAAGUAGAAAAGGCUCAAGAAGAUGUCAGUAAAAAUUUAGUCCACAUUAAAAACAUGCUAUAUGGGACUGCUGAAUCAGAGCCACAAGCUGAUAUUGUUGUAGCCCAAUUGGCUCAGGAACUCUACAAUAGUAAUCUUUUACUUCUUCUUGUUCAAAAUCUCAGUCGGAUAGAUUUUGAGGGUAAAAAAGAUGUUGCCCAGGUUUUUAAUAAUAUAUUAAGAAGACAAAUUGGAACCAGAUCACCUACUGUAGAGUAUAUUUGUACCAAACCUGAAAUUUUAUUUACACUUAUGUCUGGUUACGAGCAUCAAGAUAUUGCCUUGAAUUGCGGUACAAUGUUAAGAGAAUGCGCUCGAUAUGAAGCAUUAGCCAAAAUUAUGCUGUAUGCAGAAGAUUUUUAUAAUUUCUUCAGAUACGUUGAGGUUUCCACAUUUGAUAUAGCUUCAGAUGCCUUUUCAACAUUUAAGGAACUAUUAACGAGGCAUAAAAUUUUAAGUGCUGAAUUUCUAGAAAUCCAUUAUGACAAAGUUUUUUUGCACUAUCAAAGGUUACUGAACUCUGAAAAUUAUGUCACGCGUAGACAAAGUUUAAAAUUACUAGGAGAGCUUUUGCUUGACCGUCACAAUUUUACCGUGAUGACACGGUACAUUUCAAAUCCAGACAACUUGAAGUUAAUGAUGAACAUGCUCAAGGAGAAAUCUCGCAAUAUACAAUUUGAGGCCUUCCAUGUAUUCAAGGUAUUUGUUGCUAAUCCAAAUAAACCAAAACCAAUUCUGGAUAUCUUAUUGCGCAAUCAAGAAAAACUUAUAGAGUUCCUUACACGCUUCCACACGGAUCGUUCAGAAGACGAACAAUUUAACGACGAGAAAGCUUACUUGAUUAAACAGAUUAAAGAAUUGAAGUCUGUACAUGAGAACUAACUUUUUUACACUGUUUUUAGUAGUUAUGUAAAUAAAACUUACAAAAAUACUUCUUAGUACGGCAGCUACAAAAAUUUACUUGAUUUAAUUAAUGCAGUCAAGUAAUAAGAAAUGUGCCUACGCAAUUUUUACGAGCCUACUCUGCAAUAAACAACAGUGAAUAUUGAAUUACUUGAAGCGUUUGCAGCUAAAUAGAACAUUUUUAUAAAUGCUCAGCCAAAGGUAACCAAGUCGAGCGUUGUUGAGAUUGAGUCUGGCAAUUGUAGCUGCUGUACUUUUUGUUUUAUACAUCAGGUUAUCUUUUAAAUGCAGCAAAAAUGUAUUGAUAGAUGUCUGCUUCAUUUUAUGCUAAAAUUAUAUCCACAUGUACAUGUAUAGAGUUGACUGUUGAAAUGUAACGCCAAAACAAUAAUUAUUG